AUGCAGCGAAAGAUUAUCAUCGACACAGACCCAGGGGUGGAUGAUGUCCUGGCCAUCCUCCUAGCUUUGGCUUCCCCCGAAAUAGACGUCACCCUCAUCUCCAUCGUGUUCGGCAACACUCACGCUCCCGUCGCCCAUCGUAACCUGCUCAAGAUAUAUCACAUGCUGGCAGAAGAGAUCAUGGCCAUGCCUGCCGCUGCCAGUAGGUAUCAUCGACUCAAAGAGCAAGGCGGUAGGGGCAAGACGAGGUUGGUCAUGGGUGAGGAUGGUCCCAUCGGUGGGGACAAGGCGGUGGCUGCUUAUUUUCACGGCCCAGACGGUCUAUCCAACAUCUCCCUCACACACCCUCACUUUACCCCUCCCGAACUCACCAAAGGUGACAUUCACGCACAUCUCCAGAUUGAUCCUCGUCCCGCUCAUCAAGUCAUCCUCGAGACCUUGCAGACCGAACCAGAAGGUACCGUCACCAUCGUCGCUUUGGGACCAUUGACCAACCUGGCUCAUGCCCUCGCACAAUCCCCCGACAUCUUUCGUCGAGUUGGAUCUGUGGUCUGGAUGGGAGGUGCUCUUGACCAUCCUGGUAACACGUCACCCGUCGCCGAAUUCAAUUGCUUCGCAGACCCUUACGCCGCGACCCGGCUGCUCGACGCUUGCAGAGACGGUCUGUUCCAACUGUACAUGGCUCCUCUGGACGUUACCACUCCGCACCAGAUACCGUUUUCCGACCUGAUCCACCCUGCUUUUCUCCCUUCCCAAGGUCACACGUCUGCGGGGGACACUGCCAGGCAUAUGCAACUCACACCCAUCAGAGAGUUUGUCAGCGCCAUGCUGCUCCGUGUCCGGGGGUUGCAAGCCAGUUUCGGGUUGCAAGACGCUUUGGAGAUGCACGAUCCCGUCGCCGUGUGGUUCGCCCUGGCUCAAGCCGGAGUGGAACAAGGAGGUGUGGAGCGUUACGGACAUGUCUUGCCGAACGGUUGGCAAGCUCAAGGGAGGACAUUUACGAUAGAACGUGUGGGUGAGUACACCAGGGGCAUGUGUGUGGUGGACAGACGAGGUUCGGGAGAGGAAGGUCAGAAGAGGACGGAGAACGAGGAUUGGCAAGUGACCCAAGCCGCGAAAGGGGUGGUGCCGAGUUUGGAGGGCGGGAAAGAGGAGGGACAGCCAGGGGAUGAAGAGAUCAAACCCAAGGCAUUACCCAUGGUCAUCACUCGUACACCGGGUUCUGAAGAGCUAAGGCGGUUGAUACUGAGUCGGGUAUUCGGUGAGGAUUACUGA